AUGGUGGCUGUGCUGAGCUUCAUGUCGAACCACUGGAUGCUGCACCGCCUCCGGCCCAAGUGGCGCACCCCGAAGCACCGCUCCUCGGACUACGUGCGCCGCCUGCACCAGGCCCUCGCCGCGGCGGGGGCGAAGACGCGCGCCGGGGUGGACGUCGCCAAGGUCGUGGAGGUGGAGGCGGCCAGCGAGGGGCAGCCGCGCAAGCUCCUCGUUUGCGACGCGCAGGGGCGCCCGGUAGACGAGGAGCCCUUCGACCACGUGGUCUUCGCCACGCACUCGGACCAGGCGCGGGAGAUCCUGGAGCGCUCCGAGUUCCUGCCGCCGCUGGCCGCGAAGGGCGGCGCCGCGGCUGGCCUGGCGCAGGUGCUGGAGACGCUCGGCCGCUUCCCGUUCCAGAAGAACGAGGUCGUCGUGCACCACGACCCGAGGUUGAUGCCGAACUCGCGGAGGUGCUGGUCCGCCUGGAACACGCUCUCCCUCGGCGCCGAGGCGGCCGAGGGGGCCGGCGGCGGGCUCUCGGUGACCUACUGGGUCGGGGCGCUGCAGGGCGUGCGCCGGAGGGCCGGCGCCGAGGAGGAGCGAGAGCUCUUCGUCACGGUGAACCCCCCAGCUGGGGCACUGGACGAGGCCCGGGUCCUGAAGAGGUACCAGAUGGGCCACCCCGUCCUCACCGCUGAUGGCUUGCUGCAGGGAGCCUCCCGACUGCGGCAGGUCCAGGGGGCGAUGGGCGGGCGCAUCUUCUUCGCGGGAGCCUGGGCCCAGUACGGUUUCCACGAGGACGGGCUGCGCUCCGCGCGGGAGGUGUGCGAGCUGCUGGGGGCACCGAUGGAUUCCUGGCCGCAGGAGCGGGUGCCGCUGGUGGCGCCCUCCCUGCUCGGGAGCCUCUGCACAUGGGCGCUCUGCCGCGGGAUGGGGGGCCUGGUGAAGCACGGGCUCCUGCGCAUGGUGCUCCCGAACGGGGACGAGCGGGUCUUCGGGGACGGUGACAACGGUCCCCUGGCCUGGGCGGGCGUGACGGCCGAGGAGGUGACCCUGAUGGUGCACUCGGAGCGAUUCCUGCUCCGGGUGCUCCUCGACCCCGGCAUGGGCUUCGCCGAGGCGUACAUGGCGGGCGAGGUGACCCCGCUCCCGGACGUGACCGAUUUCUUCCGGCUCAUGCUCGGCAACGGCGGCUCGAACAAAGACAAGGCGUCCUCCCCGCUCCAGUGGAGCCCCGUGGCCAUGCUUGCCGCGGCCGGGAAGGCCUGGAACACAGCGCUGCACGCGCGCUCCGCGAACACCGCCGUCGGGGGCUCCGCGAAGAACAUCCGGGCCCACUACGACCUCUCCAACGAGAUGUUCCAGCUCUUCCUCGACCGGACGAUGACCUACAGCAGCGGAAUCUUCGACCCCGAGGUGGAGGAGCUCCAGCAGAAGGCUCCUACGCCCUCCGGGGACGGGGAGCGGGCGCAGGACUUCCUCGAGCUCGCGCAGACGAAGAAGCUCGACCGGCUCCUGGACCUGAUCGAGCUCAAGGACGGGGACGAGGUGCUGGAGAUCGGCUGUGGCUGGGGGUCUCUCGCCAUCCGAGCAGCGACCCGCUGCCCCGGGCUGAAGCGAUGGGUGGCGAUCACCAUCUCGCGGGAGCAGCAAAAGGAGGCGCUGGCGCGUAUCCGGACUGCUGGGCUCGAGGGCAAGAUCCGGGUCGAGAUUUGCGACUACCGGGAGGCCGCGCAGCGCUUCGGCACUGGGGCCUUCUCCAAGGCCUGCAGCUGCGAGAUGAUCGAGGCGGUCGGCCACGAGUUCCUACCCGCCUACUUCGCCGCCAUCGACGCCUGCCUCUGCCCCGGCGGGCUGUGCUCGAUCCAAGCGAUCUGCGUCCCAGACGAGCGCUACCCGACGUACCGGAAGGGCUCGGACUUCAUCCGGAAGCACGUGUUCCCGGGCUCGCACCUCGUCAGCGUGGCCGCCGUGGAGGAGGCCCUGGUCGAGGGGAGCACGUCGCUCGUCCUGGACCGCACCCUGGACAAGGGUCCCUUCUCGGUGGGCCUGAGCUAUGCGAAGACGCUUCGGGAGUGGCGGCGCCGCUUCGCGUUGCACGAGACGGAGGUCCUCGGCCAGCUCGACCUGGUCGGGGGCCAGAGCUUCGACGUCCCUUUCCUGCGGAAGUGGCACUACUAUUUUGCCUACUGCGAGGUCGGCUUCGAGGUCCGCCACAUCGACACCUACCAGCUGCUCCUCCGGAGGUCCGCGGAGGGCUCCGUGGCCGAGGUGGGGAAGACGGCGAAGGCGCGGAGCAGGCGCUUCGACGGGGACGCGAUGCACAAGGGCCUGGGGGCGCAGCCGGGGCCAGCGGAGGGCGUCAAGGCGUGGAUGACGAAGCGGCUGGUGGCCUGGGGGCAGCGGCUGCUCGACCAGGGGCGGAUGCCAGACGCCGUGGCCAGGGCUGGUAUCCGCUUCAAGCUCGCGCAGAAGAUCCGAGAGGAGGAGGGCGGCCUGGACGUGGAGGCGAGGCAGGCGAAGAAGAUCGCGUUCGUGGAGCAGCUGCAGGGGAUGCCGAUCGCCAUAUGCACCGCGGAGGCGAACGAGCAGCACUACGAGGUGCCCCCGCGGUUCUACGAGCUCUUCCUCGGGCCUCGGAAGAAGUACAGCGGGUGCAUCUACCCCCAGGGCGCCGACAAUGCCCUGGCCCCUCGUGCGGCCGAGCUGCUGCCCGAGGCAGAGGACCGGUCCCUCGCGCAGAUCGUGGAGCGCGCCGGCAUCGAGGACGGCAUGUGCGUGCUGGACCUCGGCUGCGGCUGGGGCUCCUUCAGCCUCUACCUUGCCGAGCGGAUGCCCAGCUGCCUCGUCGUCGGCGUGUCCAACAGCCACGGGCAGCGGGAGCACAUCCUCGGGGUGGCCAGGGACCGGGGCCUGGCGAACCUGCAGAUCGUCACCCUCGAUGUGUCGAAGGCCCCUCUGCGGGAGCUCGCGCUCAAGGCCCUGGCGGAGGCCCGCUCGGAGCGCGGCCUGGCCGCGCCCGAGGGCUUCGACCGCUGCGUCUCCGUGGAGAUGAUGGAGCACAUGAAGAAUUAUGAUCUGCUGCUGGCCAGCGUGGCCGCGUGCCUGCGGCCGGGGGGGCGCCUUUUCGUCCACAUCUUCACGCACACCCGCUUCGCGUACCACUUUGAGGCCAAGAGCGAGGCGGACUGGAUGGCCCGGUACUUCUUCGCGGGCGGGACGAUGCCCUCGGCGGACCUGUUCUUCUACUUCCAGAAGGACCUGCGGAUCGUCCAGCAUUGGGCGGUGAACGGGAAGCACUACCAGCUCACAGCCGAGGGCUGGCUGCAGAACCUGGACUCGAACGCCGAGGAGGCGCUGGCGCUGCUGCGGACCACCUACCCAGCCGGCACCGAGCAGAUGUGGAUGCAGCGCUGGCGGGCCUUCUGCAUGGCCUGCGCCGAGCUCUGGGGCUACAACGACGGGAACGAGUGGACCGUGAGCCACUACCUCUUCGAGCGCCCCGGCGCGGCCGCGACGUGCGCGGGUGGGCCGUGA